UAUAUAAUUCUAGAUCUUAGAUUUGAUUAAAAUUUGAAAAUAUUCAAUUUUAAAAUGAGUACAAAUGAAGAAGCUGAACAAGAAGCCUCUCUUGAACUUUAUUCAUUACAGCUUUCACAAGUUGAACAAGCCAUUCAGGCUGCUGGAGGUUCUGAUGACCUCAUCCAAUUAAAAAAUGACUUACAAGAACUAAUUUCUCUCACCAAAGAAAAUUUAUUGCAAAUAAAGAAAGCUAGACUUUUGAAAGAGCUUGAAGAUGCUGAAGAAUUGAAUCCAACUGAUGCAGAAUCUACAUCCAAAGAGCCGGAGUUAGAUGAGUACAGUGCUUUUCAAGCAGCAUUAAGUGGCCAACCAGAAACUAGUGGCAAUUCAAAAAGUGUGUACAGCAAAAAUAGUAAAACAAAUAAUGAGGAAGAAGAAAGCAGUGAGGAUAGUUCAGAUGUUUCUAGUGAUGAGUUGGAUUCAUCUUACUUUUCUGAACUGAUUGGAACAAAAUGCCGGGCCCCCUUCUAUCAUGAGUGGGGAGGUCACCAUUAUGGCAAUGCCAUGAUUUGGUCUGUUAAUCCACCCUCUGAAAACGAUGAUAUUAGUAAUCAUAAGGUGCGAGUUAUUUUUCUUAAUCCUGUUCAUCCAUCCCUUAUUCCAUGUAAGUUUUACAUGGAUGGAGAUUGCAGAUUUUCAGAUGAUGAUUGUAGACGAUCUCAUGGUCAUCCUGUUGCAGUGUCAGAGCUAAAGCCCUACGCUGAACCGGAUCACAGCAAAAUCUGUUCAGGCUGUCGUUGUUUGGCUAAAUACACAGACGAUGUCUGGUACCCAGGGACAAUAACUGAUGUAUGUGAUGACCACCAGGUCAACGUCCAGUUUGAUGCCCAGAAACUUGAGGCUACUGUCCUUGUGGAACAUGUACUUCCACUUGAUGAUUCAAGCAGUGAUUCUGACAGUGGUGAAGGAACCUCAGGCCAGCAGGCAGACCCUGAUGAUGAUGAUGGGGAUGUACCAGUCUACCUGUGGAAGCCAGCACAAACAACUGAUAAAUUGGGAGCUUGGGAAACACACACCAAGGGGAUUGGGUCCAAAUUAAUGGCUAAAAUGGGUUACAUCACCGGUCAAGGUUUGGGUCCAAAAGGUGAUGGCAGAGCUGAGCCUGUGCCCAUUCUUCUCUUACCACAAGGUAAAUCCCUUGAUAAGAUCAUGGAACUGAAAGAGUUGUCAGGAAAUGCUGACCUGUUCAAUGCCAUGAAAAAACUGGAGAAGAGACAAAAGCACAUGGAAAAGAAAGCAAUGGAGAAGGAGCAACAGAGGGAGUUGAAGGAGAGCUGGGGAGUGUUUGGUUUCAUCAACAAGAAACUUGGACACAAAGAUCAGCAGCACAAGUCACACAGGAACCCUAGAGAACAAGUCACCCAGUCGACAGAGAAAGAUUUGAGCAACAAGUCUGAUAAGGAAGUCAAUGUACAGAUCUUUAAAACCAGCGAGGAGAUAAAGUCAGUAGAGAAACAUCUGCAACAUUUAAAGCAACAACUGGCCAGGAACUUGUCCAGGGACAAGAAACUAGCAGACUCGGUUAGCAGGAAAAUAUCUGACCAGGAGAAGUAUCUGGCACAGCUCCAGACUUCAUCCAAGACCCUUGAGACACACAGAGACAGGCGGAGUGCCCACAAGAAACUCACUAUCUUCUAGAACUUUCUCAGACAGAGAAACAUAAAGACAACAUAGAGACACAACAAAAGUGACUGACCUGUAGUUUUCACUGUGUUAAAAUUGAACAUAGAGCUGAUGGUGAAUAAAAUGAGUAAAUGAUGGUGUGGAUGUGUUGUAGAUAUCUAGGUGUGGUUGGUGGUGUAUGUUGUUGAUGGUGAAUAGACUGAGUAAAUGAUGGUUUGGAUGUGUUGUAGAUAUCUAGGUGU